CUCAGUGUUAUUUGGUUGUCAGGUUUAUAAAGUUGAUGUUGCAGAUUAGCAGAACUCGCUGCAGAGGGUAAAUGGCUGGAAAAGAUAUUACUAGAGAAGAUGCGCUGUCGAGGCUGGACCAUAAGCACGCCUGUCACAUCCUGCUGUAUGCAGACAGCAGAGCGAAACUUUUCGGAAAAAUCCCAAUUAAACACAUCGUGUUGAUGCAGAUGCGUUUUGAUGGCUUACUCGGCUUCCCUGGAGGUUUAGUUAAACCCUCAGAGGAGAGUCUGGAGGCAGGACUGUGCAGAGAGCUGCAGGAAGAGUUAGGGGUGGCAGUGCCGGUGACCAUAGACCACUAUGUGUCCACUCACCUUGCCCAGUCUCCUCCCCACCUCAUCUUACACUUCUAUUGCAAGAAGAUUACAGAGGCUGAGCUGCUAGAGAUCGAGAGAGCUGCAGUCUCUAAUGCUGUGGAUCAUGGCUUAGAGGUGAUGGGUCUGACUCGAGUGCCCCUUUAUACACUGAGAAAUGGUGGUGGUCUUCCUUGGUUCCUGUCUCACUCAUUCAUCAGCAACUCACGAGCACAGCUGCUGGAGGCACUAAGGCGUUUGGACUUGGUGUCACCUCAGACUCUGGAGGAAGCAGUUCAAAAGGCAGAAGAGAUGAGAUGUACAGUCAAAACUGAACCCCAAUGACAUUAUGAACCUACUCAACAUACUUUAAUCAAACUAUACGCUUUACUGCUUGGGACACCCUGGACUUUUUUUUUUUUUAUAUUGUACAUACUAAAUUACCACAAUCUCAAAUGAGAUUGUGAAAAUUCAAAUAACACGUGCUGGGAAGAAUUAAAACCUAAUGCUUAAAUGUCUGAAAUGUAUAUACAUGAUUUGUAAACUAUUGUGGACCCCCCCUGUAUUUAUUUCUUGCUUAACUGCAGAACAGGCCAGAAAAAAAUUUAUUGACACUCCAUUGUUGAAAAAUGUAGAGCUUCUGAAACUAAUAAUCUGGUUAAAUCUAGGUUAAGAGCUUGUAAAACUGUAAUUUUAUUGAUGAUAUUUAUAAGUAGGCUACAAAUAAAUACAGUUGUAAACAUGUAA